GGGAGGGAGAGAGAGAGAGAGAGAAGGGGAGGAACAAGCAGAAAUGUGCAGCAGCUUUCUGACAAAAGGACACAAGCAUUAACUGGCUGAUUAACACGAGAACAACACUAUAGCUUAAUUAUUGAUACUCAGCUUUGGGAAUGAUAUAAAUGCUGAAGGGAAGAGGCUCUUUACUUGCAUAUUUUUGGAUGCUCAGCUGAUAGUGAAGGCUUCUACAUGCGUCUAACAGUGCUGAUUAUUAAUCUGAUCUGCCUGGCGACCCAAGUAGGAUUAUAAAACGGUGAAGUGCGUCACAAGGACCUUUGGAGAUUAAGGAAUGCAAUUCUGCCACCAUGAUGGAAGGAUUGAGAAAACGUACAAGGAAAGCUUUUGGUAUACGGAAGAAAGAAAAAGACACUGACUCAACGGGUUCACCAGACAGAGAUGGAAGUAAGAAGACUAAUGGUGCUCCAAAUGGAUUUUAUGCAGAAAUAGACUGGGAGCGAUAUAAUUCCCCCGAAGUUGAUGAUGAAGGAUACAGUAUCAGGCCAGAUGACAAAUCAGGUUCAACCAAAGAGAAACACUUUUACUCGUCAAGUGAGUCUGAAUCAGAAGAAGACACUCGUCGAAAAUUUAACAUUAAAAUUCGGCCUCUCCCAGCUAAGGAUGUUACUACAUGUAUGGCAGCAUCAGUGGAUGCGCUUAAAGCUUCCGUGGGCAACAUUUCUCUCUCUCCUUCUCCAAUGAGGAGAAGUCCGAGGCGCAGUCCAGCAAUUAUGAAAAGAAACUUAUCUUGUGAGGAAAUAGCUCGCCCAAGACGGUCAACGCCUACAUUAGAAGUUGUCAGUAAGAAGGUCCCGGAGGAUACAGCAGCUCUGAUCCCACUCUUUGGCCCACCACUGGAGUCAGCAUUUGAAGGCAUACGACCAGAAGCUACAAUUGAUCAGCCUGAAAUCUGGGGUCCAUUUCAAGCCAGUGAUUUCAAAAGACAAUCACCUUUGCCAUCACGACCAUUUCCUACUGGAGCCCCUCCUCCUCUGCCUCCGAAAAAUGUUCCAGCCACACCACCUCGCACAGGAUCACCCUCAGCAGAGGGUUCAGACCACAUUGUUCUGAAAGGCACCAAGUCAGACCCUGAUACAGCAAUGCAGCAGCCUUUACCGAACUUAUCCCAUGGGACUGUAGGGAAUGACCAGGGUGAAGCAGAGCCCCAGCCUAACAAACUGUUGUCUAUCAAUGACCUGGAUGAUAUUUUUGGCCCAGUUGUGUCUCCCAGAUCUGGAGCAGUCCUGUCGAAGAACAAGUGGAUUGACUUUUCUGAUCGCCCUCCCAGAGAUGAUGUUUCAGCUGCAGCUCUGAGUGAGAAGAGGUCCACCUCAGCCCUGCAGCUAGAGGACAUUCAUAGUGACCUACAGCCCACUGAUGCCCCUCCAGUUAUUUCUGUGCCUCUCGACCAAGAUGGAAGUGAGAUAAAGGAUUCUGAGCAGGCAUUGAUCAAGACCGGAAAAAGCGAGUCGUCCUCCUCCCUGAAAGAACUCGCUAUGGGGCAAAAGAACAUGCCCCCUCCCCCGCCACCUCCUACCUACAGGACAGUGGUAUCUUCUCCAGGACCCAAUUCAGGCAGUGGAGUAUCCAGUAGCAGUGGUUCUUCAUCCCCUGCUCGUCCAGCAACGCCAUCGGGCUUAACCAGUAACACUCCUCCUCCUCCACCACCUCGUCCGCCAUCACGGCCGAAACUGCCUCCUGGAAAACCUGGAGUAACUGAUAUGGCCAGGUCUUUUAGCCCUCCCAUUCAUUCCUCCAGUCCUCCACCAAUAGCUCCUUUAGCUCGAGCAGAAAGCACUUCCUCCAUAUCUUCAACUAACUCGCUGAGUGCUGCCACCACCCCUACUGUCGAGAAUGAUCAACCCUCCUUGGUAUGGUUUGAUAGAGGAAAGUUUUAUUUGACUUUUGAUGGUGCUUCCCGAGGGCCCAGUCCUUUGACCAUGGGUGCACAGGACACACUUCCGGUUGCCGCAGCCUUCACAGAAACUGUCAAUGCCUACUUCAAAGGAGCAGAUCCAAGCAAGUGUAUUGUGAAGAUUACAGGAGAAAUGGUUCUAUCGUUUCCAGCAGGUAUCACAAGGCACUUUGCCAAUAACCAGUGCCCUGCUGUUCUCACAUUCUGCAUAACAAACUGCAGCCGAUUAGAACAUAUCCUGCCAAACCCCCAGCUUCUCUGCAGUAACACUUCUCAAGCUGAUGCCAAAACAAGAGAAUUCUGGGUAAACAUGCCGAAUCUAAUGACUCAUUUAAAGAAGGUGGCUGAGCUGAAACCACAGGCUACUUAUUACAAUGUGGAUAUGCUAAAAUAUCAGGUGUCAUCCCAGGGCAUUCAAUCCACACCACUGAACCUAGCAGUGAGCUGGCGCUGUGAACCUACCUGCACCGAUCUUCGAGUAGAUUACAAGUAUAAUGCAGAGGCAAUGGUUACACCUGUAGCUCUCAACAAUGUCCAGUUCCUCAUUCCUGUCGAUGGAGGAGUUGCAAAAGUACAGGCAGUGCUUCCGCCUGCUGCUUGGAAUGCUGAACAACAUAGGAUACUCUGGAAGAUCCCUGAUUUAUCCCAGAAAUCUGAAAAUGGAGGUGUUGGAUCUCUCUUGGCCAGGUUUCAGCUGUCUGAGGGCCCAAGUAAACCUGCAACAUUGGCUGUCCAGUUCACCAGCGAAGGGAGCACACUCUCAGGUGCCGAUAUUGAAUUGGUCGGAGGAGGAUACAGGUUUUCACUCAUCAAAAAGAGAUUUGCAGCAGGGAAAUAUAUGGCUGACAACUGAAGUCUCACACCUCUGCCCGGUGUUCAAUACGACUCCCCAGAGAGCUUUUUAAACUCAGAAUAGGAGUCAUUAAGGACUGAACCCAUGAAACAAACUUUUACUCUCUGAUUUUAAAUUACUGUUCCACAUGGCCAGAACAUUUCUAACAACUGGAAGUUGGAGUAACACCAGAAAGCGCCGAACAGUAUUACUAUAUGAUUAACGUGACAUUGGUAACAUUUCGUACUUUACAGUGUAACAAAUGUAUUUGUAAUUUGGUAAUCACCUUCCCAUACACUCAUAACGUCAAACGUCCGUAUUCCAGCUUAUAGGCAUUUCAGAGACAUCAUUAUUAACCUGUAGGCUAUGCCUCUUUGAACAUGUAGCAUUGUAUUUCAGUGGAAUUGUCCAAGAAAAUAUACUGUAUUCUCUGAAUUUUUAGCCCCUGAACUUACCAGUAUUGAUGCCAAUUGUUUAAGUUUUAUAUAUUAAAAAAAUGUUGGAAACUUGUCCAUUUUGAUAUCUCCCAGAUGAUGAUUGAGAGUAAUUUUGCCAAGCAAUGCUAUAUUUUAGAGGGAAAGAGAGGCAUAAGGAGGGAAGGUGUGCACUAUUACAGGAUAAAUACUUUGUUUCCUCAAACAGAAAGUCAGGCCUGUUAACUUUUUCAGAAUUAAAAAUCCAGUACAAUGUAAAAGGGGUCAGUCAAAGCUGACAUUUCAGAUGGGACCCUUAGGAUGGGUUCUAAAAUUAUAUCUUACAGCUGCAGAUUAACUUAUUAUGCAGUUCCAAUGUUAACAUUCCAGUCUGAAUGUUAUGCCAGUUUCAUGUCAGUGUGAAAAUUUACCAGAUUCUAACGUGAAUUCUAGUUUCAGCAGCUUCUUCAGAAAUACUGCUUUGGUGAUGUGGUUGCAAUUUUUACAAAAUAAAAGCAAAAUGUAGAAAAUAUGUUGUAAUGUGAAAAAAAUGGAUGUAUUAUCCACUUUGGAUUUUCUUCUCAUCUCUCGUGUGCAUCCAGAGUGUUUUCUCAAAUAAUCGUAAAACAAAUUUACAUUUACACUUUUGUUAAAAAUGCAUUGUUUUAAAACUCAAGUCCAGUCCUGUUACAAGGACCACAUGAAAUUGCUUUAAAUGUGUAAAUCAAUAUUUUCUCUACAAACUCUUGUCCCAGCCAAAGAUUUGCAUAACUAUAAGUUAGUAUAUGGUGGCUCCUGAAUCUAGGCUGGAGUACGGUACGAAGUGUGUGGAUAAUUAUGAAGACAAUCAUUUUGCAGGUACUCCACUAAACAUACUUCCAUUUCAAACACUAAAAAAACACUUUUAAAAAAUUAAAAUGAGAUCUGUAGAAACACAGGGUCAGUACAAACAUCAUUGCUACUAAGUUAGUGGUGAUUCUUUGAAUAGCUUAUUUCUAGUGAGCUGGGAAAUACACUUUGGUGACAACUUGUGAAUCGGAGCAAAACAUUCACCCUGUCGUUGAGAGCGGUAAGGUAUAUUGCAAGGUGCGACUCAGAUACAUGGUUUUGACCCACGUCUCAGAUGGUAAACACAGCACAGGUGAUGUCUGAGAUGCAAGGGGUAAUACCUUGGAGCAAGGGUUCACAACUUGGUGCCUGUGGACCCCUUGGUAAAUGGUAAGGCUCUGUGGCAUAAAAAAUAUUGAGAAGCCCUUUGUUGGAGGCUGGUAAUGUAUGGUUGCUAGCAGGCCGAACAGCAGAGGAGUUACAGACUCCCUAAAAAGCCCAAUGAAACAAAUGGUCGAUGGGGUUGUUAAGAAGGUGUUUGGUGUGCUGGCAUUCAUUAGUCGGGAAUUGAGUUCUAGAGCCACGAGGUAAGAUGCAGCUCUAUAAAGCCCAGGUUAGACAUUUGGAAUAUAGUGUUCUGUUCUGAUCACCUCAUUAUACAAAGGAUGAGAAAGCUUUCAGAGGAGAUUUACCAAGACGCUGCCUGGAUUAGAGAGCACGUCCUAUGAGGAUAGGUUGAGCAAGCUAGGGCAAUUCUCUUUGGAACAAAGGAGGAUGGGAGGGGACAAUAGAGGAGAACAAGAUGAUAAGAGGCAUUGAUUGAGUGUAUAGCCAGAUACUUUUUCCCAAGGCAGAAAUGGCUAGUAUGAGGGCAGAUAGUUUUAAGGUAAUUAGAGGAAUAUAUAGGGGAAUGUUAGUGGUAGUUUUUUUUAAGGAGAAUGGUGGGUGAUUGAAACACCCAGUCAGGAGUGGUGUUAGAGGCAGAUACAUUAGGAGUAUUUAAGAAACUCUUAGAUAGGCACAUGGAUGAUAGGAAGUAGAGGCCUAGAUUGAUCUUAAAACAGAUUAAAAGGUUGGUACAACGUUGUGGGCCGAAGGCCUGUACAGUGCAGUAAUGUUCUAUCAGCCGUGCAGACUAGCUGCUGUAACAUCAAAUACCAGUCAGCAUUGGAAGAGCUGUGCUUGUGUGUACCUCCACUCUUGAAGUCACCCACCAGCUGGAAUCUACAAUCUCAAGUGUUGCCGCUACAUUUGAGGCUGAGAGCUGGUUUUAAAGGAAAUAUUUUAUUCUGAUGUUAAGUUACACUUCCAGUUGAAAUCUUCCCUCAGCAGUGAUAAGGAUCGAGCUUCAACACCUUUACAAGGCUGCUCCUUAUUACACCAUACACAUUGUUAGUUUAUUUUGGAAAUGAAAGAGAAAGUGUUUGUUCCUUGUUUUUUUUUUUGGAACCAUUGCAGCACUAUUCUGCACAACUGUGCAUUGUGAAUGUACUUCAAGGAAUUUGAGAAAAAUAAUCAGACCUGACCAUUUCUGACUGUAUUUUGCCUUAUAGAUUUGAAUCUCCCUGUAGAUAUAUCAAUGUUCUCCUGAGUAGAAGCAAUGCUUGCUGUAAAAUAUGCGGUGCAAAUUAAAGGUUUUGAACCUUGGACUGCAUCGAUUAGUCUCAGCUGGACAAAAGUUGAACUGCUACAAUUAGCCCUCACGUCCCAUGUACUAGGCAGGGAAAAAUUAGCGAGGGACCUCAUUCCUGAUUACUAUGCAGUGGCACCGACUGAAGCGAGCACAUUUGUGGAUGUUGAGUGGUUCACAGUCAUGCUCACUGAAUGAUUCUGGACCUGAUGAAAGGUCAUCAGCCUGAAUCAUUAAUUCUGUUUCUCUCUCUGCAGAUGCUGCCUGACCUGCUGAGUAUUUCCAACAUUUUAACUGUUUUUAUCUCACACUCACUGCCAUACCUUUCACAGUUUGAUAGCUUGUCAACAUCGAUUGUCAGGUCACCCACUAAGAAGCACACACUGAAUGGCUACUAGGGGUGAGGUACCUUUGGGCCUGUGUGACCAUAUCCCAGCAUGAUGAGUCAACACCUUCAGAAGAGAGGGAGGGAACUGAAACAAAAAUAAGAAAUGGCUGCAUUGAUGUUGCGUGCUAUUUUGUAAAUACUGAUGUUUUUAUAUAAAUAUAUAUAUACAAAUAUAUAUGUCAUUCCCUGAGUGGCUGUUUUCCCUGUUGGUUCAUUGCACAUAAUUAUGAAUAUGCAACUAUGUUUUAAUGUAUUAUGUAUUAAAGAAAUGGUCUGGCCAUUUAUAAAUUUAAAAUUCAAAAUUCUAUACAGUAUGGAAAUUGUACUGUAAUAACUGUUUAAAAUGUUAAAUGUUGCUUUUUUUUGAAAUUGAAAUAAACUUUAAAAAUUGAAAUGUGGUCUAUUUAUAAAU